AUGAGCAAAUCAAAAGCAACCCAAGACAAACCGAAAGGUCCGCCCUCGUUUGAAUGGGAAUCGGUCUUGACAGAUGGUCGAGUGAAGUCUGUUAUCCAAGGCGAAGAUGCCAAUGCUGGGGUAUUCCGAAAAAAUACCCUCCAACUCAUCAAAACCUGUUCCUCCUUGUUAUUGAGAAAGGUGGUACAACAGAGCUCUCUUCACAAACAACCACACACAAAUGAUAAGAACGGGCCAUCGGUACUAGUCUUGUCGGCUCGGGAUCUCAAGGAUGGUGUCGCUGAUCAGGAGGAGGACGAAUCGUUGGGGUUUUUGCAAACGGCGCUGGAAAAUGCUGCCGCGGCAGACACUGGCAAAAUGGCACGGCCGAAAGCCAAACGAAAACAGCCACCACCUGCAACGGACAACAACAAGCCUCGUAACAAGAAAAGCAAGACAGCAGUGGUGGAGGAAGAGUCAAUACAACAAGCACUGGAGAUAUCGCAGCAACAAGGCGCAACUACAGCUCAUGAUCACAGCACAUCAGAAGACAAAAUUACACUAGACGAAGAAGAUUACGACUAG